UGCCUGCCUCCCGGGGCGGGGACUUUAUUCUCCAGAUAGUUGACGUGCUCUCUCUUUUAAGCCCAUGUGCUCAAAUGAGCGCACAGAUGUUCCCCGCGAAGGCGUAGCUACUCAUUUGCCGUGCAGAGCAUCCCAAGCACGACUGAAGUGCACAGACAGAAGUGAAGCGGCUGCUAAAGGAGUGUGGGGUCGACCGCAUCAAGAACAGUUCUAAGUCUCUUUGACAGAACUUACCGUUCAACGGGCUGAGAAUGCAUAUCUGGAUGUAGCGCGAGUCACCGGCGGACGGUUCAAACUUAAACCAAGUCAGCACUUGUGUACAGAGCAGAAUGCUCACAAAGGAAACCAAGGAAGGACUCAGGAUAAUCAGCCCAAACAUAAGUGAACCCUGAUCCCUGAGCCCCCAGCCCCAUGGAUGGCCAUCAUAGACCCAAUUGGAUUACAGUUGACUCUUUGGCCUCUGGAUUCUACCGCUCAUGGGAGUUUCGCUGCUGGCUACUUACGUAAUGUCACUUGGCAUUCCAGAAAAUGAGUAGCCAGUCCCCAUUUGAGGUGAAUAAGCUGUAUGUUGUGACUGAGUUGUUCAUAGCGGUCCUGGCCAUUGCAGGCAAUGUUUUGGUGUGUUGGGCGGUCUCAAUCAACAGCACCCUGAAAAAUGCCACAAACUACUUUUUAGUGUCUUUGGCUGUGGCCGAUAUUCUAGUGGGGUGCCUCGCCAUUCCGUUUGCCAUUACCAUCAGCACUGGCUUCUCCUCUGAGUUCUACAGCUGCCUGUUUCUUGCCUGUUUUGUCCUUGUCUUGACACAGAGCUCAAUUUUCAGCCUGCUUGCAGUUGCAAUUGACAGGUACCUGGCUGUCAAAAUCCCCCUCAGAUACCGGGAGCUGGUUACUGGUAAACGGGCCAGAGAAAUUAUUGCAGUCUUCUGGAUCCUCUCCUUCAUUAUUGGCCUAAUUCCAUUUCUUGGAUGGAACGGAAAAGACAAAUGUUGCAGUGCUUCAAGCAAUGGAACAAACACAGCUUUGGAAGGCCAAAAUAUUUGCUUAAAUGCUUCACACAUUAAUAAUCAUAGCUGCCAGGUCAACUGCUAUUUUGAAGUGGUGGUGGACAUGAAAUACAUGGUUUAUUUUAAUUUCUUUGGGUGUGUCCUACCACCCCUACUUAUCAUGCUGGGGAUUUAUAUUAAGAUUUUCACGGUGGCUCGCAAACAGCUGCGGCAGAUUGAACUGAAAUGCAUUAAUGGUGACAACUCACGUAGGCUGCUUCAAAAGGAAAUUGCUGCUGCCAAGUCCUUGUCUAUUAUCAUGGGCCUCUUUGCUGUUUGCUGGCUGCCUGUACACAUCUUGAAUUGUGUCACUUUGUUCUACAAGAAAGUGAAUGAGCCAUGGGUGAUGUUCAUGGCCAUUAUCCUUUCUCACUUCAAUUCUGUAGUCAACCCCAUUAUUUAUGCCUACCGGAUUAAGGACUUCCGCAACACGUUCCGCAAGAUAAUCUACAAAUACUUCCUGUGCCAGAAGGAUGAAGUGUUCAAAAGCACUAAUGGUAGCACACGUCACAGGGACCUGAUCACUGAAAACACUAAUACAGACCUCCUGCGAGACACAUCAAUACUGACACAUGAGUACCAUUAGGCAAUGUGUUAAUAAUAUGUAGGUUGUUUACAGACUGAAUACCAGGAGUGAACAGAGAAGAGGAGUUCUAAGUGUUUGCUGUUUUCUACUUACCUGAUAUCAAGUGAACUUAAAGUAUAUUGCACAGUAGCCCUUUGCUUCCUAAGAGCAAAUCUAGAAGGCUGUAACAGUCCAAGUUCUGUUUCAGUACCUCUAAUACAGUAUGUUAGGUAUAAAUUAAAAAUACAAAAUUUCUCUGUAGUCAGAAAUAUAAAAAUACCUUCUUUGGAAUGUGAAUGAUCCUAUUGGUUUAUACAGUAUAACAAGCUAAGAUUUUUCUGAGAACUUUACACCAACUGUUAAUAGUUGUUUUUAAAGUCUAACUACUAUGAAAGAAAAAAAUGUGCACUUGCCUUGAAGGGAAUCAAACUCUUUUUAUAAUAUUGUCUCACUGUAACCCUUAAAAGGCUCUGUGUUGAUAAUCUCAACUGUUUUUAUAUCUGUUACUUGGAAUUUUAAUCAAAUGUACAGUAUUUUGUUUUUCCAAAAGUGUCCUAAAAUAUGAUUAUUUUCUGUGCUGCUAAGAGUCAACAGUGUUAAAAAAUAAUAACUCAUAACAGUGCAGGUCUUUUCUAUUUCCUCUUUUGCUGUCCUCUGGUAUACUUACAUAAUGGUGGAAAGUUCACUCUCAAGAUAGCACACCAGCUGUGGAAACUGCAUAUUGCAAUAUUGUUGCUUCCUACAAUUAAAAAUGAGGACAACAAAAAAUAUUUUCAACUACAAAAAUCAUUUAUCUAAAAAAAAAACCUUAAAAGUUGUAUUUACAAAAACAUAUUACACUAAAGGAAAAAGAAGGGGUGUGUUUUAGGCUUACAUUUUUUUUUUUUUUUUUUUAACAAAGGUCACAAAAGGUUUGGGUUAUCAGUCCUGGCCCUGAUGUUAUAAUGAACUCAUUUGUUGAAGAGGGUGAACUUCCUGUUUAAUUUUCAUUUACGUCAUUUAAAUCUUUGCUUUGUGGUGUACUGGCUUUAUGUCCAGGUUUAGUUCCUGCCUUGCACUGGAUGCUACCCUAUUAGGCUACAACAUUCUCCAUGACCCUAAAUUGGAAUAAGCGUGCUUGAAAAUUUUAUUUUGCAAUUCUUACUAUAUCGUUUUCUUGAUAUAACUUAAAAGUAUUACACUUUAAAUACUGGUCCACCAAGUGAAGAAUGUUUUAUGUUGAGAAUAAACAAAAGUUGACAGGGAAAGCAAGUAUGUUCACUUUACUUUGCACUUAAAUAGGUUUUGCAGUUCCCGUACAUCACUUUUAAAAUUUCAUAAAACACAGCAUGCCACACCAAGGGAUUGUUUUGUACCGAGGGUGUAACCUAUUUGUGUCACUUGUUCUCAAUUUUUUUUAGCAUUUUCCUGGUAUAUUAAUUUCAGCAGCAGUCAGUUAGUUCCCUUUGGUUUGCUUUCAAGACAUGUCUUUUUGAGUUAUCAGGGAUGUAGGAGGUUUUGGAGUAUGUACUAUACUCUUUGCACUGACAGAUUAUGUUCCUUAUUAUUGAGCUUGUGAUGUUUAUUUAUUUAUUUAUCUAUUUAUUUUAAGUCUUUAAAAGUUGUAAAAAAAUUGACAUUUUCUCUGACUUUGCCUUGAGUGUGACAAAAUAACUGGUGCUGGAUCAGCAAUUUCUUAACUUCACUCACUUAGUCUUCAUUUCCUUUCCAUUUAUAAUACUCAUUCUACAUUCCAUAUAUUUAAGCAACACUUCUGAGCCAAAACCACAUUAUUUUAAUAUUUAUUAUAUUCAAAUAGGCUGAGGAAUUAAGAUAUUAAUUUAGCAAUGUAUCUAUUUAUUUAUACAGUAUGUACUGUAUGUAUUUGAACAUGUCAGUCUUCUGUGGGUCUUCUGGCACAUGUACAUUUGUUGUAUGUUUUGAUUCUGUCCUAUUUGUACCGCUUUGUAAGUAUUGUUAAACAGACUGUCAUAACUCAUACAAGGAAUGUGCCUAUAACUGGCAUUACAAGAUGGGUGCCCAUCUUCUUGGCCAGACUACCUGACAUAUUGCGCGUUGGUUAUAUUUACCCUCCUACUUUUAAUGGAAACUUUGCCUAUUAUUUUUAUUUAUUUGAAUAGCAGCAGUCUUUCCUAGUUAUUUUUUACCUGCCAGUUAGUCUAGACGGUCAUAUGCCUCAUUGUGCGCUUAUAAGAAUCCUUAGAAAAUGCAAUCCAGUCUCUGUUAGUAUUAAAUUAUUUUAGAUUUUUUGCAGACAUCCAGAAAGUAUAAUUUUCCUAAAUAUUUAUGUAUGGUAAGAAAUAUGUGUGUCUUGAUAUUUUUGUAGUAAUCUUGUCCACGUGUCCCCUCCUGUUAAGGUUACAUGGAACAUGAUGCAGUUACACUGCUCAAAUGUACAAUAGGGCAAGUGUCCAAAUGAAGUACUGUAUCUAAAUUAUCUUCUAAAUGUUAAUUGUGACUAAAAAUGCACAAAUGGGCACGUCAACCCUCAUGCAGUUACUUUUUAAAAGAAAUGAAAAUGUGCCAUGUUUCGAAGUGUUACAAUUUUUACAGAAAUGUACAGUGUAUUACUUUUAUGUAGUCAUAUCAGAGGACUACAUUCAGUUUUGUGCCUCCUGAGCUGAUAUACUUUUAUAAGCCUUCCAAUGAAAUUGAAGUUGCACAUCUUUUUUUUUUUUUUUUAAACCUCUGAGCAUAUCAAGUGUACUCUUCCUUUAAACAUUUUCUUUGUGCAGAAAAAACUUGUACUAGGAGGAUAGAAAUUUGCACCUAGUUUUGACGAUAUAUUGUAUUCAGAAAAGCACCAUAGUUAGCAGCUGCUUUUAACAGCCUGCAGUUUCCCACUUUCAAGUGAAGAAACUGAAAUUGAAAAAUAAACUAAUAAAACAAUAACUUUGUUUCUCUACAACAUGUACAUAGCAUUUCUGCACUUCCAGUAUUGUGAGAAGAAACAACUUUGGAUUAGGCUCUUGAUGGUCUGACCUGUGGGGAGACCCUCACAAUGAAAUUAUCCACUAUGACUGUCUGGGAGUGAGUGGCAAAAAUCGAUUCCUGGCAGAGUUGGUACUUUUAAUACAUUCACAUAAUUGGAUAUUAUUAACUGUGUCCAAUUUAGGAUGGAGUAUAGCCUGUUGUUUUCUGUAUCUUCUAUAGAGUCAUUGCAUUUGGGUUAAUCAGCGGUGUCUAACGAGAUAUGUGAGCUUUGCUAGUGGAGCAUUUAGUAGUUGCCAACCACCCAUCCCCAAAUAAGCUGCUACGCUAUGGGCUUUUUUUAUUCAGCCUCUCUGGUUUCUUUCAUUCUGUGCAAGAGAGCUAACUUAACAACUAUGCUUCUGGUAUCAAGUAUAAAAGAAAUAUGCAGCAGAAAUACUGGCAAAAAUGAUGGCUGCAUAUUGUUGUGGAAACCAGGCAGCAACACUAAAAUGUAAUCCUCCACACACACGGGACAGGAACAAUGCAGGGAGUGCAAACAUUACAAAUGGCCAUCCAGCUGGUGUGAAAGGUUUUGAUUGUUUAUUGAUAUUUAUGUCUUGUUUUAUAAAACAAAACCAGUCUCAAUGUGAAACAGCCAAAACAGAAGUAGCACUUCUUAAAACAGGGACUAUUUUUAAGAUUAAAGGCCAGACAGAAAACACACCGUAUCCCCAACAGUGUGCUUUUUAGACAAGCCUCUUAUAAAGUGGAUAGGAACAGUGAGCUUUGUUGGGUUGAAUGGCCUGUUCUCGUCUAGAUUCUUCUAAUGUUUUAAUUUAUUCCAGUCAGAGGAAGGAAUGUCAGAAUAUUCUUGCAGAAUUCAAUAAUGUGUAGGUUAACAAAUUUAAAGGGAUUAGGGAAAUUAACUUUUUGAUUUUUAAUGGACAUGACAACCAAGCAAAAACUCACAUCCUCUUCUCUUACGUUUUAAGUUUCUUGAAAGAUGACACCAUCUUUAGUAAUUUUACUAAAACUAGACAAUGUCUGGCAGUAAGGGCUAAAUGACAGCCUCCCUAUGUUAUGUUCAUCUAUUAUAAGCAGCAUUCAGCAGCUGACUUUUUUGCAGCUUUUGCACCAGCCUUUAAUUUGGGGGAGUGGCAUAUGGAGGACUGUAUAUCGUUUUCUAAAACAGUCAAACAGUUGGACUCGGUAAAUGCACAUUAGUUGAACUAGUGAUCCUAAAUUGGCCUUAGUGUGUGCUUGUGUGUGGGUGUCCUGUGAUGGACUGGAGCCCUGUCCAGGGUUUGUUACCCACCACUGUGCCCUAUGGUAACGGGAUAGGCUCCAGCAGACCCCCGUGACCCUAUUCAGGACAAAGCGGGUUAGGAAAUGACUGACUAACUUUACUGAUCUAACCCCUGGGUUAAUCUUUAUGUUCUAUAUUGCAUUUCAGUACAGAUGUCAUUCUAAAACACUGCUGUUGCAGGGGAGCUAUGAAGAAAAUCGUACAGUACAGUAUAUGUACUUACAAGUGGAAGGCAGUUAGAUAAUAUACCUUGACUGUAGAUUGUUAAGCAGUAAUAAUAAGCUCAGAUGCUGCAUCAGUGUCAUGGAACUUCUACUGGGAAUCUGGAAGGCAUUUUAUCACAAGGGUUCCACAUUACACAACUCGAAUUUGCAAGCAAUUAGUGAAAGCAGAUGUUUUACUUCUGUUUAGAUCCUGUACAAAUUCUUAAUUUUCAUUAAAUUUGUUUGGAUUCAGAUACACAAGUUUUGCCUUUCUGACAAGUGUGAAUUACAUUGGAUAUUUCAAUAUCAUACAACUGUAUUGACCUAUGGGAUAGAGCUUUCCUUUUCUCAAAAUGCUAAGUCAAAGCGGCAUAAUUUCAGUGAAAAAAAUACUAGCAAUAAGCUUUUACAAGUUUAAUAAAACAGAAUUGUAAAAGUUAAUUGGGAAAUGAAUACACUUAUGUAAAUGUGGAAUACAUUAGAGUUCCUCACAAGCCAGUGAAGAUUUAACAGGCACCUAAGAAUAAUCGUUUAGAAUAAAAUAUAAAAUGUGUACAUGCCAAAAAGCAAUGUACAAAAAAUUAACUGAGGGUUUAGAGAAAUGUAUAAAAAAGUUAAGAAUAUAGAAUACAGUGAAGAAGAAAAAAAGUUUUAAGUAGCCACAAAGUGCAAUGCAAAGCUUGUUCUGUAUCUGUCUGCCUUUCUUACUAUUUAUUAGUCUUUAAACUCCUGAAUGACUUUAAUCUUAAAGUGUACAGUGAUUUUAUUGUUUUAUUUAUUGUGUGCAAAACUUGAAGCACCGCUUUUCAUUGCAAUACAUUUAAUGGAUUGGAUUAAAGCUUACUACUAAAAAUCAAACUUAAAAUAAAAACAUAGUACCUCAUUCAUAUAGCAAUCUCAAAUAUGACAAUUAUUAUUGCUGGGCUCAACAAUUUCUUUAAAGCCAAAGCUGUUAAACAGAAGCCCAAAAAACUAAUUUGGCUGUAUAAAGUUUCAGUUUGAACCACUAAAUCUGUGAUGGCUACAGUAAUUAAUUAUGUACAGUCACUCAUUUCUCAGAUAAUCACACAAGAAGUAGUAGCAUAAAGCAAUGCAUCAUUUGUGAAAUACCGCCACUGCAUUUUGUUUGAAAAAUUUUAGAAAACUACCAUUUCUCUCCUAGAAAAAUAGCUUUCAGUGUUGGCCACUUUAGUCGUGAUAUGUUAAAUCGUCCAGCUGUCCCAAAAAGCUAUUUCUUUAAGGCCCUUGUAUGUGAAGGUCCUGCAAUAACCCUUUAAAGAUUUCACUUCACAAAUUACAAUUGUGAUGUAACGAUUGUGCCGGUACUAAAUCUUAGCCUUAUUAAGCCAGCUUGGAUGUAUAUUUUUUCAUUGUUCUUAUUAUUAAUUACUGCAUUUCCAGUAUAUUAAUUAGUAACCUAUUUGCAAAUAACACCUUGAUCAGUGCUCAUGAAUGUUUGAGGUGCUUGUUUGUUAAAAGUAGGCCAGUACUAUUCUACAUGCUUAGCAAUUAGUGAAGUAUACAAUAAAGGCUAAAGCCUAAGGAUAACCAUGUUUUCAAUAUGCAUUUAUCUGCAGAGUGCUUUUCAUGUUCACUGCCAGAUUAACUAGGGAAUGGGAAACAUUUGGUUGUGAGGCAAGAAAGAAUGUCUUUAAAUUACCCUUGAUGCCGCACAUGCCCUAGGCAAACCCAUGGUGUAGUCUACCUCAUCCUCCCACCUGGUGCUUUAGACAGUUAGCUGCAUUAUCAUGAUAAAUGCAAUCUGCUUGUCACCAUUAGUAAAGAGAACAUCACUCCAGUUGCAUUUUGCCCAAACCGUUGAAAAGCACUUGUCACACUUAAAAAUUCUCAAAAAGGUAGCAUAUUCCUGUAUUAGCAACAUGCAGUUUAUGCAAGGAGUACAUGUUUUCAGACUACUGGUGUUAUACCUUAACAGAACUCAAGUUCCCACUGCUUGCUGCCUUUGACACUGGCACUUCUACAGUGCAUCCUCUAAAGACUACAUGAACACUUGGUGUAUUGUGAAAAAUACAAUGCAGUACAACAUUCAGCAGUUAUUUGCAUUCUUGAUGAUUAUCUUGGUUAUGCUUUUUAACUAUAGAUGUCAUUAAGAAGUUAUUUGUUGCCCUAGUUUUUCUGGAGAUAACACUGCACUUCUUUCAGUUCAGAUUUGCUUCUUACAGUCACCAAAUUUAUAAGGGAAACUCCUCUUAAAAAUCAAUGUUGCCUCAUACUGUAUCUAUUGUAACUACAACAAGGUGACUGUAUUAUUAAGCUCUCUUAUUUAAUAUUGAUAUGUAAUUGUGUCUUAUUUUAUUAAAAGUUAUGUUUUGCAUAAAGGAA